AGCGGGAACGAGGGAGCGAGGGGGAGACGAGCAGAGCGGGAGAUAGAGAGAUACCAGGAGUGCAAUCGUUCGCCCUCCUCUUCAGACUGUUAGGCAAGGAGGGAGCGCAACAGAGUUAGUAAAGGAGUAAGCACACACAAGUAAACAUGGGUGGAUGAGAAAAAAAGGGACAAAGGGAGAGGAGGAAGAAUCCCACCAACAUCCCUUUUAAGACUCACCUACAGUAUGUGGACUAAAUUUUCUCUAUCCGGGACCAAGGAAGGAGAGAUGGUUUGCCACUAGCGUGACCCUUGCACGUUCAUCAAUAUCUGAUUCUGUUUCGUGGACGAAUGCAAUAAGGGGCAGAAGAUAAACAAGCAAAUUGACAUCAUUCGACCUGGAUUGUUGCAGAGGUGGAGGAAGAGCGUGGCGGACGGACGAGCUCCGGAGCAUCUGUGUUUACACUGCGUGGUCGCUGUGAUCGAAAGACGUGGGAUGAAGGACAGACAGAUAAAGCUGCAUGAAGCCCCUGCCUCUCCAGGUCCAAUUAUUGUCUGAAACCUCUUUCUUACAAGGUGGGCUUGUCGUCCGAUGGACUCGCAUCCACUAGCUCACGAGGACGACCUUAAUUUAACCGACCCAAGAACAUACGAAUAGCGGUGACAUCACAAAUGUCACAUUGGUCCUGAUGACUGGAGACACAUGCACUCUAUUAAUCUUUUCCACCCACGGCGCCAUCAGUGACUGCGGGCUUUAGCAUGUCAAGGGGCAAACUGGGGACCGCUCUUCGAUUUACCAGCCAGUGGCGGCCAGAGCCGGGCGUGCAGAGACUGAUGAGAAAAAAGGGGAGUGAAGGCCUGUUCCAUUAGCGCUCCCAAAGGAGGGCCUGGACACUGUCCGGAUGCACUGACCCUUCUUGGACACAUUCUGGACAUUACCAUGGUGUACACUGAGGAAUCUACACAGCUGACUGCCACUUGGAGUACACAUUACUGGAUAUUACCCAUUAUUUAAUAUUUACAGACUUGACUACCAUCUUCUUACUGGACACCAAAAAGGAUUUGGAUUUUAUUACAAGCAGCACAUUCCAGCUGUGCGAAGGGGAAAGAGUCUGUGUUUCUUUGUUUUCAGGGUUGGCUGUGUCUUUCCUGCCUGGGAAUAUCAUGAGAUUAUAAACAGGAGGUGGCUCAGACAUUUUAUGCCUGUUCCACUCAUUCAUCAGUGCUCCCACCAUCACUUGAGCGAGCGGAGCGGAGAUCUGAGAAAAAAAUCUGUUGAAGACAUUAGCCUUUACGCUCCAACAUCCACCGUGUGCAGGUGUCUGAUUGCUUCGCUAUUUUGCGGUCAGGAAGAAAAAGCUGCCAGACCAUCGACGGUCUUUGGCAGGACAGACAGGUGCUUUUCUGGCUCUUAGCCUCUCAGGGAGGGACAGGCAGCGAAAGGAAAAGGCUCACUGGAGGGGGGGGGGUUCUGCUGGAGCAAAAACUCCUUUUUCACUGGCUAUGUUUGGAUGUGAUGCCCGUCUCUGCGGAUCCAACAUGGACUGUAUGGCCUGAUUGCACAGCCCUGGUAUUCAGAUAGUGCUGGUGGGAAGGGAUAAUGCAUAUCCUUCCCUAUCUGGAAAAACAAGCCACCAUGAGCAACGUCACAGUCACAGACAACACUGAACCAAUCAGCCGCACCAUGAGUCCGGCCAGCCCGAGCCCGUAUCCCUAUCCCGUCAGUUUCCAAGUCUCCUUGACUGGCUUCCUCAUGCUGGAGAUCCUACUGGGCCUCAGCUCUAACCUCACUGUGCUUGCCCUCUACUGCAUGAAAUCAAACCUCAUCAGUUCGGUGAGCAACAUAGUCACGAUGAACCUCCACGUGUUGGACGUGCUGGUUUGCGUGUGCUGCAUCCCACUCACUAUUGUGGUGGUGCUGCUCUCCCUGGAUGACGACACAGCCCUCGUCUGCUGCUUCCACGAAGCAUGCGUCUCCUUCGCUAGCGUCGCCACUGCUGCUAACGUGCUCGCCAUCACGCUCGACCGCUACGACAUCUCUGUGAAACCAGCCAACCGGGUGCUGACAAUGGGACGUGCCCUGGCCCUGCUGGCUGCCAUAUGGGUGCUGUCCUUUGUCAGCUUCCUGGUACCCUUUAUCGAAGUGGGUUUCUUUGCCCAGGGCCAUGCUGAGUUGAACCAAACAGUGGUGGAGAAUGUGGUCCAUGUCAACCAGUACUAUACAGAACUUGGUCUCUAUUAUCACCUGCUGGCUCAAAUUCCAAUUUUCUUCUUCACCGCCGUUGUUAUGCUCAUCACCUACUCCAAAAUCCUGCAGGCGCUCAACAUCCGCAUUGGCACGCGUUUCCACAAUUCGCAGAAGAAGAAGGCGCGCAGGAAAAAGCGCCCGUCCAUGACGGCCAUGACAACACAGCAGGAGGCGACGGACGGAUCCCAGAGCAGCGGCAGCCGUAACCCCACGCUGGGCAUGCGCACCUCUGUGUCUGUGAUCAUCGCCCUGCGCAGGGCUGUGAAGCGCCACAGAGAAAGGAGAGAGCGUCAAAAAAGGGUUUUCAGAAUGUCCCUUUUGAUUGUGUCAACUUUCCUUUUGUGCUGGACACCCAUCACAGUUCUAAACACAGUCAUCCUCAGUAUGGGCCCCAGUGACCUAAUGGUGAAGUUAAGACUGGGCUUCCUCGUCAUGGCCUAUGGGACCACUAUCUUUCACCCUCUACUCUACGCUUUUACUAGACAGAAGUUUCAAAAAGUCUUAAAAAGCAAGAUGAAGAAGCGAGUGGUGUCCAUCAUUGAGGCAGAUCCUACUCCCAACAACGCCAUUAUUCACAACUCCUGGAUCGAUCCAAAGAGGAACAAAAAGGUGACAUUUGAGGACAAAGACACGCGACAGAAAUGUCUGUCUUCUGAGGAUGUAGAGUGAUAUACAGUCAGUAAAAGCAGCUUAAACAGACUUUCAGGUCAUGAUAAAAAAGGGAAACGCUAAUCCAAAGCUGUAAUGUAUAUAUUGUUUAUAAUAGAGUGUACAAAAAUGAGAAAUGUAUAAUUUAUUACUAUUUAUUGAGAACAUAGGGUUUCAUUACUAUCAUAUACUGUACUGUAGAUCUUGCAUGGCUUUGCAACAUACAGUACUUCGUGUACAUACAUAAUAUAUGUACAGCAUAGGGUAAACAAGGUAUAUAAAUAGAAAGAGAAGUAGGCAUUGUUAUGUAUAUGUAUAUUUAUAAUAAAUUUCAUCUUCAUUCACCUAAAUGCAGCCAACUACUUCCUAUUCUCCCCUCCCCCAAGUAAAGUGCAUGUGAUUCUUUAAGAGCUCUGAGAUUACUCCCAUUCAUCACCAUGCCACUUGCUCUGUCAACACAGCCUGCAGUCCCCGGUGACCACUAACCUUAUUGCCUGUGAGUCCUCAAAGUGAAGGCCCUUACUGUGAAAUGAGGCUACAGGUGUGGGGAUGCAAUAAAAACAAACAAGCCACAUGCGAAGAGACAGCAAUGGGAAAAGCCGGCUUACACUAUGUGACUGAAAAGCUACCGAGGUCCUACUCCCAGUCAUGUUUUUAGCGUUGAAGAAGAACACACAUUCCACUGAACACCAUGGUUCUCAUCACCUUGUUUGACACACACCAGAUGUAAUCAAAACACAGACUGUUUUGCAUUAGCAGUCACUUCUUGAGCCAAAUGGAAAAUCUACUGUUGCCUUAUUUUGGUAUGACGAAUGAAGCGCAACUACGCGGUGGGACGGGGGCCGCGACAGAAAGAGCAAACACCGACUACACAAAACAAGAACAAUAAACAGCGCUGUCAUUUGGAAAGGGCACGAUACUCAAACGACGUUUUCAUAUAGAAGUUAUCAACAAAACUAUAGCAAAUGUUGGAAAUGAUUGUUUUAUUACAUUGUUUGAUUUUAAAAGAACUAGCCUAACAACAAUGGUCUCCUAAUAAGCAAAUCCAUAACUGCAAAGAAGAACUACUUAAAACAUCAAGCUUAAUAAAAGAUUCUAUUUACAAUACACAAUAGCAGAUGAUGAAGUUCUUCUUCCCUUCCUGUGUAUGUCUACCAGUAGUGUGUCCUCCUUUGUUUGUCAAAGAAUAAGACUGUGAAUCUGUAUUCCCAAGUGGCCUUUUCUUGUAGAUUAAAAUGCAGUCAGCCUUG